GACAAGACUUUCAUUUAACUUAGUUUUGAGUUAUCUAUUUUUUAUUUUGUCUUGAUAAAGUUUACUUACUUGAGCCACAAUGGUUGCUGGCAUGCUGAUGCCCAUGCGGGACCUUAAAGCCAUCUAUGAAGUCCUGUUUCGAGAUGGUGUUAUGGUGGCCAAGAAAGACAAAAGGCCCCAAACAAAGCACCCUGAGGUACAAAGUGUGAGCAACCUGCAAGUAAUCCGUGCAAUGGGCUCUCUUAAAUCCAGGGGUUAUGUGAAGGAAACUUUUGCUUGGAGACAUUUUUACUGGUACUUGACCAAUGAUGGUAUUGUUUACCUGCGUGACUACCUCCACCUGCCCACCGAGAUUAUUCCAGCCCCACUGCAGAGGAUCAGGAGGCCAGCUGCCAGUCUACCUGCACAUCGCACUGCUCAGGUCCAAUCUGUACAAGGCCCAACGUCUUACGUUCCCAAACCAGGACGCAGGGAUGAAGCAGAGAGCCAGGAAGCACUGGCUGAGCGCCAAGACUACCGCCAUAAGAUCAUGGGCAUUGGAGAACAAGAGAGAUUCCCCGAUAGGACCUCCAGAUUCAGGGGUCGUCCACCGAGUGAUGAACUAAUGAGGCCAAAACCAAUGCUGGAGGUUCAAGAACAGCAUCAACCUCUUUACAAGAGGGGUACUAACUUCAACCGUGAAUUAAUGUCCACUGAGGAGAAAGUAGUAAAAAAGGUCACUCUUCAGGAGCCAAAUAUAAAACCUGAAAGACCAGGUGCAUUAAAAGAGAGAAGAGUGAUGGAGGCUGAAAAGAAAAAGGCACCACGUUUUGUUCCUGUACAGUCAGAGGCUGAGAAACACGAUGGAUCCCAGACUGCUCUGAUCUCCUCUGCAGCAGCCUUACUAAUACCUGCGGCUGCUGUUGGUGUGGCUGCAGGUGCUGCCACAUCAAAGAUUACAAGCAGAUCAUCUGCUGACACAAAUAAACAGAUAAAGAACAAAGACAUGCCCAAGAUUGCUGGUGAAAACGUUUCCUUUAAGGUUAGUGAAGAGAUUACGACCAGUUUACCUAAGACAGAGCGUUCAUAUGUAGAAGUGAAAGAAGAAGAAACUAAAGUUACAGAGAUCAGUAUCUCAGGUAAAAUGGCUAAAAAAAUUCCUAAACCAAAACCUGUUCCUACAGUGGAGUCUGCUCAGGAAUCCUCCAAAGACUUUACCAGCCCUGUCACCACAGCUGAUGGUAAACCUGCUGAUGUCAAAGAUGGGAAGCUGAAGAAAGAAAAGCCUCAUGAGGUUCCAGUUAAACUCACUGAGAAGAAGACACAAGUCCAAGUGAAAUUUAAAACUGACAGUGAUAUUAAAGACAAAAAUGACACAGUAAAUAAGAAGAGCACCGAAUUCAAACUCGAGAGCAGCACCAGUGACCCAGUGGAUUAUGCGAAUGCGCUGCAAAGCAGCUCCAUUGUUAAAGUGAAUCAAAAACCAGUUCAUGCUGAAAUCAUUGCACCAAACCUGACUGGAAAGCCCGAAACUGAUGAGGUUUCUUUCAUAAAGAAAACAGCAAGUGCGCUCUCAACACCUGAGGUUAAAUAUGAUACUGUAACUGUCUCAGCAUCUCAGGGCAAGCCUGAAAAUCCACAACCUGUGACAGAGAAACUUACAGGAGUCAAAAUCAUCACAGAACAGGAAGACAUUAGUGUAAAGGAAAUUUCACAUGCCCAAAAAGAUGAAAGUGUGCCACCAGGAGAUGUUCCUGCUGUAAAACAGGAGCAAGAAACCAUUCAUUCAUCUCUGUCAGCUCAAAGUGCUGUUAUCACAGAGGCAGCUGAUGACAAUAAACAAGUCACUGAAGCAACAUCCAAAUCAAAGAGAAAGAAAAAGAAGUCCUCAAAUGACAAAUCCAAGAGUGCUAAUACUGAAGAAUUGCCUCAGUCAAAGAUGGAGAAAGAAAAAAACUCUCAGGGCACCUCUUUGGUGGGAGUGACUGAAAAUACCACCCCACCUACACCAGUUAUUAAAUCAGAGCCUUUAACUGUGUCUUCCUCCAUGAAGACACCAGGGGGAAACAAGGCUGGAGCUAAAGUAGAUGAUAACAGGGAACAUAAAAAAGAAAUACCCAAACAAGCUGAUGGGAUGCUGAAAGAGGAGCCACUUAAAAAAACUCAAUCUGCAUCAGCAGAAGCAUCACCUCCAUCAGGUGAGACACCUGCAGCCUCCACUGAGCAUGUGCAAAGAAAGAGGACUGAUAGCAAUACCACACAGGAGUCUGUAUCUCCCAAAGGUAAACUAAAGGCUAUUCCUGACGUGGAACCAGUGAAAUCGGAGGAGGUGACUGUGAGAAAGGAAACAAUGAUGCAGAAAACAAGUCAAACUGAGCUCAUGCAACUUGAAGAGAAACCCCCAAAUACAGAAUCUCAAAAAUCAACUGAGUCUAAAAAAGUAGAAAGUGUGGAAAAAGCUACAGAGGAACCCUCAAAGGGAAAGAAAAAAGGAAAAGGUAAAAGAAAGGCUAAGCAGUCACCAGAAUCAGAAACUAUAAACAUGAAACCUGCCACAGAAAGACUGCCAUCCUCUGACAUGGCACUGCCCAAGGAUGCAGGUAAAGAUAGCCCUGUUCUGGCCUCUGCACUGACAGACGCUAAAGCUCCUUCAAAGAUGACUUCUGAAAGAAUUUGCAGCGAGGAAGUCAGUCAGGCAGCAGCUGUGCUCUCUGAGGCCCCAACAGACAAAGGAGAGGAGGAGCUAGCAGCGCUCUCUGCAGAAAAAAACAAGCGGGAGGUUCCAAAACCAGAAACCUCUUCCAAUGUGAGGAAAGUACCCAUAGAUUUAACGUCAGCAGCACCAGCAGAGGCAGCUGCGGCACAGGCCAGCCCUCUUGUCAAGCAAGAGGAGCCUCCCAGAGUUGCACAACAUUCGGCCAGUCAGGCAGCAGAGCGCAGCACACAGGAAAGGCUCUCUGUUUGUGAGGCCUCAAAGCACCAGGAAGACAAGAAGAGGGACUUGAAAGAGGACACACCCUCUGCUACUGCCACACCUGUAGCCCAGCCUGACCAGCCUCACCUGGGGGACACCUGCGAGUCCACUAAGCCUGACACAAACGAGGCCACCAUGAGGAAGAAAAUAGUGGUGGUGGAGGAGAUAGUUGAAGUAAAGCAGGUCCUCAGUCCUCAGGCAGCCGGUGAGCAGCCUGCCCCUCCACCUGUCCAGACUCAGGUAGAGGAGGAUGAGCUGGACCUGGAUGUUCUGCAGGAAAUCGCUUUAGAGCGAGCUCUCUUGGCAGGGGCAGCGGGGCUCAAGGUGCAAGGAGCCUCACCUGAGACUGGAUGGGACCACUCGCUGGAGGAGCCAGAGGAGAAGAUGUGGCCCAACUUCAUUGAAGAUGAACGCGAUCGAGUACAGAAGAAGACCUUCACAAAAUGGGUUAACAAGCACUUGAUAAAGGCGCAGCGUCACGUGACAGAUCUGUACGAAGACCUCCGGGAUGGACACAACCUGAUCUCCCUGCUGGAGGUCCUCUCUGGGGAGACGCUGCCACGAGAGAAAGGCCGGAUGCGCUUCCACAAACUGCAGAACGUACAGAUAGCACUGGACUUCCUCAAACAUCGGCAGGUCAAGCUGGUUAACAUCAGAAACGAUGACAUAGCUGAUGGUAACCCCAAGUUGACCCUGGGGUUAAUAUGGACCAUCAUCCUCCACUUCCAGGUCUCCUCCUCUAUCUCAGAUAUUCAGGUCAACGGGCAGUCAGAGGACAUGACGGCCAAAGAGAAGCUGCUGCUGUGGUCUCAGCGGAUGACAGACGGCUACCAGGGCAUCCGCUGCGACAACUUCACCACCAGCUGGAGGGACGGCAAACUCUUCAACGCUGUCAUACACAAGCACUAUCCCAGACUCAUUGACAUGGGUAAAGUGUACCAACAGACCAACCACGAGAACCUCGAACAGGCCUUUAAUGUGGCUGAGAGAGACCUGGGAGUUACCCGACUCCUGGAUCCAGAAGAUGUUGAUGUCCCGCACCCUGAUGAAAAGUCAAUCAUCACCUACGUGUCAUCCUUAUAUGAUGUUAUGCCUCGUGUUGAUGUCCAUGAUGGUCUCAGAGCAAAUGAGCUGGAGCUGCGUUGGCAGGAAUACUACGAACUGGUGACCAUUCUGCUCCAGUGGAUCCGCCACCAUGUCACCAUCUUUGAAGAGCGAAGGUUCCCUAGCAGUUACGAGGAGAUAGAGCUGAUCUGGCGUCAGUUCUUGAAGUUCAAGGAAACGGAGCUGCCAGAGAAAGAGACGAACAAGAAUUACUCCAAACAAAUCUACCAGACGUUUGAGAGUGCAGUGCAUGCCGGACAGGUGAAGGUCCCCCCAGGCUACCAUCCCAUCGAUGUGGAGAAGGACUGGGGUCGACUCCACGUGGCCAUCCUCGAGAGAGAGCGACUGCUCAGGAUUGAGUUUGACAGACUUGAACGGCUCCAACGGGUGUUUACCAAAAUCCAUAUGGAGUCGGAGGUGUGUGACGUUCAGUUCACUCAGCUGGAGACCCUGCUGCAGAAGGACAUUGCUCUGCUGAAUGCGGGGAAACCAGCUCAGCACACUGCAGAGGUGGACAGGGAGCUGGACAAGGCAGACAACAUGAUUCGCCUGCUCUUCAACGACGUGCAGAUCCUCAAGGAUGGGCGCCACCCUCAGGCUGAACAGAUGUACCGCAGGGUUUUCCGCCUCCAUGAACGCCUCGUGAGCCUGCGCAGUGAUUACAACCUCCGGCUGAAGUCUGCCGUAACGAUGGCUCAGGUUCCACUUACCUCCACCUUGCAGUCAAGCAUGAAGGUGAGGCCGGAGAUGGAUGGCGUGACCCUGCGUUAUGUUGAAGAUCUUCUUGCCUGGGUGGAAGACAACCAGCAACGCCUUGAUAAGGCAGAGUGGGGAUCGGAUCUGCCCUCGGUGGAGUCCCAGCUGGGCAGCCAUAGAGGACUGCAUCAGACCGUCGAGGACUUUAAAUCCAAGAUCGAACGGGCCAAGUCUGACGAGAGCCAACUAUCUCCUGUCAGCAAAGGCAAAUACAGAGAAUACCUGGGAAAACUGGACCUCCAGUAUGGAAAACUACUGAACUCUUCCAAGUCCCGCCUGAGGAACUUGGACUCGCUGCACGCCUUUGUCACUGCUGCAACCAAGGAACUGAUGUGGCUAAACGACAAAGAGGAGGAGGAGGUCAACUACGACUGGAGUGACAGAAACACCAACAUGACAGCUAAGAAGGAAAACUACUCUAGUCUCAUGCGGGAGCUGGAACUAAGGGAAAAGAAGGUCACUGAUAUCCAGGCUAUGGGAGACAAACUCGUCAAUGAUGGACAUCCUGGCAAGAAGACGGUUGAGGCCUUCACUGCUGCCCUGCAGACUCAGUGGAGCUGGAUCCUGCAGCUGUGCUGCUGCAUAGAGGUUCAUCUUAAAGAAAACACAGCUUACUACCAGUUCUUUGCUGAUGUAAAAGAAGCUCAGGACAAGAUGAAUAAAAUGCAGGAGAGCAUGAAAAAGAAAUACAGCUGUGAUCGCUCCACGACAGCCACACGUCUGGAGGAUCUGCUGCAGGAUGCUGUGGAUGAGAAGGAACAGCUGAAUGAGUUUAAGACUCUGGUGUCUGGGCUGAACAAGAGAGCCAAGUCCAUCAUCCAGCUGAAACCUCGCAGUCCCACCACCCCCAUUAAAGGCAAACUGCCCAUUCAGGCCGUCUGCGACUUCAAGCAGCAGGAGAUCACUGUUCACAGAGGAGAUGAGUGCGCCCUCCUCAACAACUCUCAGCCCUUUAAGUGGAAGGUUCUGAACCGCUCUGGAAACGAAGCAGUCGUUCCUUCUGUCUGCUUCCUUGUGCUUCCAGUCAACAAGGAGGCUGUGGACGGUGUGUCAAGUUUGGACGCGGACCAUCAGCAGAUAGUGUCCAUGUGGCAGAUGCUUCAUAUCAACAUGAAGAGUCUGCUGUCUUGGCAGUACCUGAUGAGAGAUUUUACUCAGAUUCGCUCCUGGAAUAUCAGCAUGUUAAAGACCAUGAAACCAGAGGAGUACCGGCUGAUCAUGAGAAACCUGGAACUCCACUACCAGGACUUCAUGCGUGACAGCCAGGACUCAAAGGUCUUUGGCCCUGAUGACCGCAUGCAGAUCGAGGAGGACUACACCAAAUGCACCCAGCAUUUUGACAAUCUGCUUCGUUCCAUGGAGAAAGGUCAGCAGGAUGAGACUCUGCGUAAGAACUAUAUUUCCGAGCUUAAAGACUUGCGUUUGCGCAUCGAGGACUGUGAGGCUCAGACUGUGGCCCGCAUCCGCAAACCAGUGGAAAAAGAGCCUCUGAGAGAAUGUGCCCAGAAAAGAACAGAGCAGCAGAAAGUCCAGGGAGCGCUUGAAGGCCUUAAGAAGGACCUGGAUAAGGUGUCUGUAAAGACACAGGAGGUGUUGGCUUCUCCUCAGCAGUCUGCUUCAACCCCUGUGCUGCGCUCAGAGCUUGACGUUACUGUGCAGAAGAUGGACCACGUCUACAUGCUCUCCUCUGUUUACCUUGAGAAGCUGAAGACUGUGGACAUGGUUAUCCGCAACACUCAGGGUGCUGAGGGUGUCCUGAAGCAGUAUGAGGACUGUCUGCGGGAGGUUCACACUGUGCCUAGUGAUGUCAAGGAAGUAGAGACUCAAAGGACUAAGCUCAAGAAAAUGCGAGCUGAAGCUGAGGGGGAACAGCCAGUGUUCGACUCCAUGGAGGAGGAGCUGAAGAAAGCUUCUGCUGUGAGCGACAAGAUGUCCCGCGUGCACAGCGAACGAGAUGCUGAGCUGGACCACUACCGCCAGCUCACGUCUAGUCUCCAGGACCGCUGGAAAGCAGUGUUCACCCAGAUCGACCUUCGCCAGAGAGAGCUGGAGCAGCUCGGUCGGCAGCUCGGUUAUUAUCGGGAGAGCUACGAUCAGCUAAUUCGCUGGAUAACUGACGCCAAGCAAAGGCAGGAGAAGAUCCAGGCUAUGCCCAUCACCGACAGCAAAACGCUGAAAGACCAGCUUGCCCAGGAAAAGAAACUGCUGGAUGAGAUUGAACAGAACAAAGACAAAGUGGACGAGUGUCAAAAUUAUGCCAAAGCAUACAUUGAUACUAUUAAGGAUUAUGAGCUGCAGUUGGUGGCCUACAGGGCUCAGGUGGAGCCUCUUAGUGCUCCCCUGAAGAAAACCAAACUGGAUUCUGCUUCUGACAACAUCAUUCAGGAGUAUGUAACACUCAGGACCAAGUACAGUGAGCUGAUGACGCUGACUAAUCAGUACAUCAAGUUCAUCAUGGACACACAGCGCCGCUUGGAGGACGAGGAGAAAGCUGCACAGAAACUCAAAGCAGAAGAGCAGAAAAAGAUGGCGGAGAUGCAGGCUGAGUUAGACAAACAGAAGCAGUUAGCUGAAGCUCAUGCAAAGGCCAUUGCUAAAGCUGAAAAAGAGGCUCAAGAGCUGAAGCUCAGAAUGCAGGAAGAAGUAAGCAGGAGAGAAAACGCUGCAGUAGAUGCAGAAAACCAAAAACAGAACAUUCAGCAGGAGCUGCAUGAGCUCAAAAACAUCUCAGAGCAGCAGAUCAAAAGCAAAAGCCAGCAGGUGGAUGAAGCUCUUCACAGCCGAGUCAAGAUUGAGGAGGAAAUCCGCCUCAUCAGGAUCCAACUUGAGACAACUAUAAAACAAAAGGCCACUGCAGAGUCUGAACUCGGUCAACUUCGCGACAGAGCAGCCGAAGCUGAGAAACUCAGGAAGGCAGCUCAAGAAGAGGCAGAGAAGCUCCGUAAACAAGUUAAUGAAGAGACGCAAAAGAAGCGUCUGGCGGAAGAGGAACUCAAACGGAAAUCCGAAGCCGAGAAGGAGGCUGCAAAGCUAAAGCAAAAAGCCCUUGAAGACCUUGAGAACCUCAGGAGGCAGGCAGAGGAAGCUGAGAGACAAGUCAAGCAAGCAGAAAUUGAAAAGGAAAGACAAAUUCAAGUGGCUCAUGAGGCAGCCCAGAAAAGUGCUGCUGCCGUGCUCCAGAGCAAACACACCUCGUACGUGGAAAAGACCUCACAGUUGGAGGAGUCGCUCAAGCAAGAGCACGGUGCUGUCAUUCAGCUGCAACAAGAAGCGGCUCAUCUCAAGAAACAACAGGAGAAUGCAGAAAACGCCCGGGAGGAGGCAGAAAAGGAGCUUGAAAAAUGGAGACAGAAAGCCAAUGAGGCCCUUCGUCUAAGACUCCAGGCUGAAGAGGAGGCACAUAAAAAGAGCCUCGCUCAAGAAGAAGCUGAAAAACAAAAAGAGGAGGCUGAACGGGAGGCGAAGAAGAGAGCCAAAGCUGAAGAGUCGGCGCUGAAACAGAAAGACAUGGCCGAGCAAGAACUUGAGAGGCAGAGAAGAGUGGCUGAGAGUACUUCCCAGCAGAAGCUCACUGCAGAACAGGAGCUCAUUCGACUCAGGGCGGAUUAUGACAACGGAGAGCAACAGAGGUCCCUACUUGAGGAUGAACUCUACCGCCUGAAGAACGAAGUUGUUGCAGCUCAGCAACAAAGAAAACAGCUGGAAGACGAACUAGCCAAAGUAAGAAGCGAGAUGGAUUUGCUCAUCCAGAUGAAGUCCAAAGCUGAGAAAGAGUCCAUGUCCAACACAGAAAAAAGCAAACAGCUUCUUGAAGCAGAAGCUACCAAGAUGAGAGACCUGGCAGAAGAGGCAAGCAGGCUUAGAGCCAUCGCAGAGGAGGCCAAGCAUCAGCGUCAGAUUGCAGAAGAAGAAGCUACUCGUCAGAGAGCAGAGGCUGAGAGGAUUCUCAAAGAGAAGCUUGCUGCGAUCAGCGAUGCCACUCGCCUAAAAACAGAAGCCGAAAUUGCCCUGAAAGAGAAGGAGGCAGAAAACGAGAGGCUCCGACGUCAAGCUGAGGAUGAAGCUUAUCAGAGAAAAGCUCUAGAAGACCAGGCAAACCAGCACAAGCAAGACAUUGACGAAAAGAUAGUCCAACUCAAAAAGUCAUCUGACGCAGAAAUGGAAAGACAAAGAGCGUUGGUGGACGACACGCUCAAACAGAAGCGAGUCGUUGAAGAAGAAAUCAGAAUCCUGAAGCUCAACUUUGAGAAGGCGUCAUCUGGAAAACUGGACCUGGAGCUAGAGCUGAACAAGCUGAAAAAUAUCGCUGAGGAAACUCAACAAAGCAAGCUCAGAGCAGAGGAGGAGGCCGAGAAGCUGAGGAAGCUUGCCCUUGAGGAGGAGAAGAGGAGGAAGGAAGCAGAAGAAAAGGUCAAGAAGAUCGCUGCUGCAGAAGAAGAGGCAGCUAGGCAACGAAAGGUGGCCCAAGACGAGCUCGAACGCUUAAAAAAGAGAGCAGAAGAAGCCAGGAAGCAGAAAGACGAGGCUGACCAAGAAGCAGAGAAGCAGAUCACGGUGGCCCAUCAAGCAGCUCUGAAAUGCAGUGCAGCUGAGCAGCAAGUGCAAAGUGUUCUUGCUCAACAAAAGGAGGACAGCAUGAUGCAACAGAAACUUAAGGACGAGUACGAGAAAGCCAAGAAACUUGCCAAAGAGGCUGAAGCUGCCAAGGAGAAGGCAGAACGGGAGGCAACUCUCCUUCGUCAGCAAGCAGAAGAAGCAGAACGGCAAAAAGCUGCUGCGGAGCAGGAAGCUACAAACCAAGCUAAAGCUCAAGAAGAUGCUGAGAGGUUGAGGAAGGAGGCUGAGUUUGAAGCCGCUAAACGAGCACAGGCAGAAGCGGCAGCACUCAUGCAAAAAGAGCAAGCGGAUGCUGAAAUGGCAAAGCACAAAAAGCUGGCUGAGCAAACCUUAAAACAGAAGUUUCAAGUGGAGCAAGAGCUCACAAAGGUCAAGCUUAAACUUGAUGAAACAGAUAAGCAGAAGUCUCUCCUGGACGAUGAACUGCAGCGUCUGAAAGAUGAGGUUGACGAUGCUGUCAAACAAAAGACCCAAGUGGAGGAGGAGCUGUUCAAAGUCAAGGUUCAAAUGGAGGAACUUCUCAAACUGAAAAUCCGAAUUGAGGAGGAUAACCAGCGUCUAAUCAGGAAAGACAAAGAUAGCACGCAGAAGCUCCUUGCUGAUGAGGCAGAGAAGAUGAAAACACUUUCAGAAGAUGCUGCUCGGCUUAGUGUUGAAGCCCAAGAGGCUGCUCGCUUGAGAAAACUUGCAGAAGAAGACCUCAACCAUCAACGAGCGCUUGCAGAAAACAUGCUCAAAGAGAAAAUGCAGGCCAUACAAGAAGCAUCCAGGCUCAGAGCUGAGGCGGAGAUGCUUCAGAGACAAAAAGACUUGGCUCAGGAGCAGGCGCAGAAGCUUCUGGAGGAUAAGCAGCUAAUGCAGCAGCGUCUAAACGAGGAAACGGAGGAAUACCAGCGAUCACUUGAAGCAGAGAGGAAAAGACAACUGGAGAUCGUAGCUGAAGCUGAAAAACUAAGACUUCAGGUUUCUCUGCUCAGUGAAGCCCAGGCCAAAGCUGAGGAAGAAGCUAAAAAGUUCAAGAAACAGGCUGAUACCGUUUCUGCUCGUCUUCAUGAGACGGAAAUUGCCACAAAAGAAAAACUGACUGCAGUUGAAAGACUGGAGUUUGAGAGGCUAAAUACUGGCAAAGAAGCUGAUGAUUUACGCAAAGCUAUUGCAGACCUAGAGAACGAGAAGGCUAGACUGAAAAAAGAGGCUGAAGACCUUCAAAAUAAGUCACAAGAGAUGGCUGAUGCUCAGCAGAAACAAAUUGAGCACGAGAAGAUAAUGCUUGAGCAGACUUUCCUAACAGAAAAAGAACUGCUGUUAAAGAAGGAGAAGCUAAUUGAAGAUGAGAAAAGACUGCUGGAGAGCCAGUUUGAAGAGGAAGUGCGAAAGGCAAAGGCUCUUAAAGAUGAACAAGAACGCCAGAGACAGCAGAUGGAAGAGGAGAAAAAGAAACUUCUGGCCACCAUGGACGCAGCCGUCAGUAAACAGAAAGAGGCAGAACAAGAAAUUCUUAACAAGCAAAAAGAAAUGCAAGAACGAGAACGACAGAGACUAGAACAGGAAAGGGUUCUUGCAGAGGAAAACCAGAAGUUGCGUGAAAAACUACAGCAGCUUGAAGCCCACAAAGAUCAGCAAACAAAAGAAAGUGACAAUCAGGCUGAUACAAUUUCAAACAAACAAAUUAUCCAUAUGACAACUGUUGAGACAAAGGAGGUUUACAUUGGUCAAAAUGGUAGGGACAUAGUGGAUGGUGGAGAAAAGAGACCAGAUCCCUUAGCUUUUGAUGGCAUCCGUGAAAAGGUACCUGCUAGCAGGCUUUAUGAGCUUGGAAUUUUGCCCAAAAAUGAGUUUGAUCAGCUAAAAAAUGGCAAAACCACUGUUGAAGAACUUGGGGAGACUAAAAACCUUAAAAGAAUUCUUAAAGGAAACAAUGCAAUUGCAGGUAUUUUAACCCCUGCUAAUCAAAAAAUGUCAAUCUACCAGGCAUCAAAAGAUAAAAUUAUUACUCCAGGGACAGCAAUGAUCCUUCUUGAAGCACAGGCAGCCACUGGUUACAUAUUAGACCCUAUUAAGAACAAGAAACUUUAUGUUAAUGAGGCUGUCAAGGAAGGCUUGAUUGGCCCUGAACUGCAUAACAAAAUGCUAUCUGCUGAGAAGGCUGUUGUUGGCUACAAAGAUCCAUACAGCGGUGGAAAGAUUUCUGUUUUUGAAGCCAUGAAGAAGGGUCUAAUUGAACGUGAUCAUGCCAUCAGAGUCCUUGAGGCUCAGCUUGCUACUGGUGGCAUCAUUGACCCUAUCAACAGUCACCGUGUAUCCAAUGAAACAGCCUGUAAGCAGAGACAGUAUGAUGCAGAAAUGAAUAAGAUCAUGGAGAAACCCUCAGAUGACACAAAGGGAUACUUUGACCCCAGCACUCAAGAACCACUGACAUAUUCUGAGUUAAUGGCAAGAUGCACUACUGACCCCAAUACCAGUCUGUUACUCCUGCCAGUCACUGAAAAAGCUGCUCAGUGUUCUAGUAUAUACACAGAAGAAGAGACAAAAGAUGUAUUCAACAAAACAACUGUGUCUGUGCCUUUUGGACGAUUCAGCGGUAAAACUGUUACCAUUUGGGAGAUAAUCAACUCUGAGUACUUCACUGAAGAUCAAAAGAAGGAUCUUCUUCGCCAGUACAAGACAGGCAAAAUCACAAUAGAAAAGAUCAUUAGAAUUGUCAUUACAGUAGCUGAGGAGAAGGAGAAGAAGAAUGAAAUUGUCUUUGAUGGUCUAAGAGCACCUGUCCCUGCCAGUGAGCUUGUAGAAUCAAAAAUCAUAGAUAAAGACCUUCACAAUAAACUCCAGAAGGGAAAUGUGUCAGUCAAGGAAAUAUCUGAAAUGGAGCCCGUCUACAAGGCACUGAAGAGUACAAACUGCAUUGCUGGUGUACUCAUUGACUCAUCUAAGGAGGUACUGUCCUUUUAUCAGGCUAUGAAGAGGGACAUGGUAAGGCCUAGGAUUGCUUUGAAUAUGCUUGAAGCCCAAGCAGGAACAGGCUUUGUAGUUGAUCCUGUUCAAAACCAAAAGUACACUGUUGAUGAGGCUGUUAAAGCUGGUGUUGUUGGUCCUGAGGUGCAUGAAAAGCUCCUGUCUGCAGAGAGAGCUGUUACAGGUUACAAAGAUCCUUACACUGGACAGACUGUAUCUCUCUUCCAGGCAAUGAAAAAAGAUCUAAUCCCUAAAGAGCAAGGUAUUCGACUGCUUGAUGCCCAAAUGGCCACUGGUGGCAUCAUUGAUCCAGUAAAAAGCUUACGUGUUCCUCAUGAUGUUGCUUGCAAGAGAAAUUACUUUGAUGAUGAAAUGAAACAGACUCUGAGCAAACCAACUGAUGAAACUAAACAUUUCUUUGACCCAAACACAAAAGAACAUGUCACAUACUCACAGCUCUUCAAGAAAUGUGUCACUGACAAAAAAACUGGUCUUCUGCUUCUUCCUCUUAGUGACGAGGCAAUCGCUGAUAAGGAAGAGUCAACAUACACUGAAGCCCAGACAAAAGAGGCUAUGACUCAAGCAACUGUGGAGCUUGAAUCUGGACCUUUUAAGGACAGAAAGAUGACAGUCUGGGAACUUAUCAACUCUAAAUAUCUCACUGAGGAACAGAGACUUGACAUGCUCAGACAGUUUCGGUCAGGAACAUUUACAAUUGAAAAGAUAAUCAAGAUCAUUAUCACAAUUGUGAAUGAGAAAGAAGCUAAGAAACUGGAACAAUCCAGCUUUAAGGGACUCCGUGCUCCUGUUCCAGCAAGUUCCUUGUAUGAUUGUAAAAUCAUAGAUAAACUGACAUUUGACCUCCUUGAACAGGGUAAAACAACACCUAAACAGGUCAGUGAAAAUUCUGAUGUUAGUAAAUACCUCCAGGGCACUGAAAGCAUUGCUGGCAUUUUCUUGGAACCAACAAAGGAAAAAAUAGGCAUUUAUCAAGCUAUGAAGAAAAAGCUUCUCAGACAAAACACAGGUAUUUUACUUCUUGAGGCUCAGGCUGCAACUGGAUUUAUUGUAAAUCCUGUGACAAAACAAUGCCUGUCAGUUGAUGAAGCAGUAAAGGUAGGCCUUGUUGGUCCAGAGUUGCAUGAAAAACUUCUCUCUGCAGAAAAGGCUGUCACUGGCUAUAAGGAUCCAUUCACAGGCAAGAAAAUUUCCCUCUUUGAAGCAAUGCAAAAAGAUCUUAUACUUAAAGAACAUGCCAUGCCCCUUUUGGAAGCACAGAUGGUCAGUGGAGGAAUCAUUGACCCUGUGAACAGUCACCGGGUCCCAAUUGAGGCUGCAUACCAAAAGAACAUUUUCAGUAAAGAAAUUGCCAAAACUCUGUCUGUAGCAUCAGAUGACAACAAGGCUUUCUCAGAUCCAGAAACUGAUGAGAAUGUAACCUACCAGCAUCUUAAAGACAAAUGCCGAAAAGAUCCAGACACAGGUCUUUACAUCCUCCCUCUCUCUAAACCUCAGUCUCCAACCAUUGUGGAGAAGACAUACCUCUAUACAGAAGAACAAACUCAGAGUGAUCUGACUAAAACCCAAAUUGACAUUCCAAUUGAGGGCCUUGCUGAUAAACCAAUGAACCUGUGGGAUGUAAUGAACUCAAAUUUGAUUCCAGAACAGGAAAGACAGAAGCUUUUAGAUGAAUACCGCGCUGGAAAAAUAACUAAAGAGAGGAUGAUCAUCAUUAUUAUUGAGAUAAUGGAGCAAAGAGAAAUAAUCAGACAUGACAGCCCACUUUCAUACAAAACUAUAAGGAGAAGAAUAACAAUUGAAGAGCUUUACAAUGCUCGCAUCAUUGAUUUGGAGACAUACAAUCUUCUUAAACAGGGCAAGAGGGAUAUCCGUGACAUAAUGGAGAUGACUAGUGUGAAACAAUACCUCUAUGGAACAGGCUGUGUUGCUGGUGUCACAACUGACUCAAGUGCCAAGCUAAGCAUAUACCAAGCAAUGAACAGAGGUUUCCUUAAACCUGAAAUAGGCCUUAGCCUGUUAGAGGCGCAAGCUGCAACAGGAUUCAUUGUUGAUCCAGUGAAGAAUGAAACACUCACUGUUGACGAAGCUGUUCGUAAAGGAAUUGUUGGGCCUGAGAUCCAUGAUAAACUUCUUUCUGCUGAAAGAGCUGUCACUGGAUACAAAGAUCCAUACAGUGGAAAAAUUAUUUCUCUUUUCCAAUCCAUGAAAAAAGAUCUUGUUCCAGAAGAUUAUGCCUUAAAAAUGUUGGAGGCACAGACUGCUACUGGUGGCAUCAUUGAUCCUGAAUUCCAGUUCCACCUACCAGCAGACAUUGCUUUACAAAGAGGUUAUAUCAACAAGGAGACCAAUGAGCAAUUAACUGACAGUGUUAAAGGAUUUGUUGAUCCAGUUACUGAUGAAAAAGUGUCAUAUGCAGAGCUCCUCAAGAGAUGCAAACUAGAAGGGGGGUUGCGCCUCCUUUCCCUAGGAGACAAGAGGUUGACCUUUACGGGUCUGAGAAAACAGAUCACAAUGGAGGAGCUGAUUCGCUCACAAAUUAUUGACCAGCAGACUGUCAUUGAAUUAAAUGAAGGCCUUCUGACAAUGGAGGAAGUCAGCAAUAGGCUAUCAAGAUACCUCCAGGGCACAGGCUGUAUUUCUGGUGUAUAUUUGGAGUCAACCAAAGAACGUUUAUCUAUAUACCAGGCAAUGAAGAAGAACAUGAUUAGGCCAGGGACUGCUUUUGAGCUUCUUGAGGCCCAAGCAGCCACAGGGUAUGUUAUUGACCCAAUCAAGAACCUUAAACUGACAGUCCAUGAAGCAGUAAAAAUGGGAAUUGUAGGUCCAGAGUUCAAGGACAAGCUUCUCUCUGCUGAGCGAGCAGUGACUGGAUAUAGAGAUCCUUAUUCAGGCAAGACAAUCUCUCUAUUCCAAGCAAUGAAAAAGGGCCUCAUCCUGAAAGAUCAUGGUAUCCGUCUCCUAGAAGCUCAAAUAGCCACUGGUGGAAUUAUUGACCCAGAAGAAAGUCACCGUCUACCAGUUGAGGUGGCCUAUAACCGUGGCUUCUUUGAUGAGGAAAUGAAUGAGAUCUUAACAGAUCCAUCUGAUGACACAAAAGGCUUUUUUGAUCCUAAUACAGAAGAAAACCUAACCUACCUUCAGCUGAUGGAGAGAUGUAUCACUGAUCCAGACACCGGCCUGGUACUCCUGUUACUGAAGGAAAAGAACCGGGAGAAAAAGACAUCCUCUAAAUCUUCUGUUCGAAAACGCAGAGUUGUCAUUGUUGACCCAGAGACAGGCAAAGAAAUGAGUGUAUAUGAGGCCUACAGAAUGGGACUCAUUGACCACCAAACUUACUUGGAACUUGCUGAGCAGGAGUGUGAAUGGGAGGAAAUUACAAUGACUUCCUCUGAUGGCUCUGUAAAAUCUCUAAUCAUUGACAGAAGGUCCGGCAGACAGUAUGAUGUUGAUGAUGCUCUUUCACGAGGACUUGUUGAUCAGAAGACCUUAGAUACAUACCGAUCUGGAAACCUGUCAAUCACAGAGUUUGCUGAUAUGCUUUCUGGAGGUAUAGGAGGUUUCCGUUCACGCACAUCUUCAUUUGGUUCUACUAGUGGGUCAUCUUACUCCACUUCCAUGAGCCCUAUACCUUCACUUAAACCACCUGCAGUAAACUGGAAUGAUCCAACAGAGGAGACUGGACCAAUAGCAGGAAUACUGGACAUAGAUACACUGGAAAAGGUGUCUAUCACUGAGGCAAUACACAGAAACCUAGUAGACAAUAUCACAGGCCAAAGACUGUUGGAGGCCCAAGCCUGCACAGGAGGAAUAAUAGAUCCUACAACUGGAGAACGAUUCUCAGUUGCUGAAGCAACAGAGAAAAGCUUGAUAGAUAAAAUCAUGGUUGAUCGCCUCAACCUGGCACAAAAAGCAUUCAAUGGAUUUGAAGACCCCAGAACUAAAGUCAAAAUGUCUGCCUCCCAGGCUCUAAAAAAAGGCUGGUUGUACUAUGAGGCUGGGCAGCGUUUCCUUGAGGUUCAGUAUUUGACUGGUGGUCUUAUUGAGCCCGAUGUUGAGGGCAGAGUGCCCUUAGAUGAAUCCAUCAGAAAAGGAACGAUUGAUGCUCGCACUGCCCAAAAGCUGAGAGAUGUCGGUACUUAUUCAAAAUAUCUGACAUGUCCAAAAACGAAAUUGAAAAUCUCUUUCAAAGAUGCCAUGGAUAGAAGCAUGGUUGAAGAAGGAUCUAGCUUAAGGCUUCUGGAGGCCUCUUCUCAGUCUAGCAAAGGCCUUUACAGUCCCUACAAUGUCAGUGGUUCUGGAUCUGCGUAUGGCUCUCGGACUGGCUCAAGGACAGGAUCCCGAUCAGGUUCAAGAAGAGGCAGCAUUGAUGCUGGCUCUGGCUUUAGCAUGAAUCUCUCCACCACCUCCUCCUCCUACUCCUACUCAUCCACAUCUGCCUACCCUCGUAGAUUCUGAUGAGCUCGUCCCGUUCCUAAUCAGUUGUAACUAAAAACUAGCAAUACUAAUGCACUUUACAGUUGCAUUUCUAACAACAGAAAUUAGAUACAGUAACAAUAAAAGUAUAAUUUAUUUAUUUGUAAUUUCAUAUAGUCACAAGAUUUGCUUCAGCUGAUGAUUUUUUUAUCUACUUGUGUAAACAGCUGCCUCUUUUAUGGGGAUGUAACCAAUUAUUGCAUAAAAAGAAGAUUCCAGUAAAGAUUACCAAGUCAGCUCAUAACUAU